CGUUUUUGCCACAGCAGCCGAAGGCCGAAAAUAUCAGACACCAUGGCUCUGUCGCGCAGCUUCUGCUCGCGUUUUUACCGAACCAACGCGCCUCUCGCACAGGCAACAGGCUCUAGAGGUUAUUAAUCACAAAACUCGGUCUUUCAAGUUGAGUGUUUUGACCAUGAGUGUCGGCGAUUGCGCCGCGUAACGCGCUCGACACGCACAAAGGCGGAUAUUAUGGAGUAAACGCGCGUCGCACGGCCGCUAGACUCACCAUAAUAAUAACAAUUACACUGCUAUGGCACUCUCGGUGAUCCAGACGUGUCGUAGUCUGGCCCUGUCCACCUGGCUGCUGUCCUUCUGCUUCGUCCAUCUGCUGUGUUUGGACUUCACGGUGGCGGAGAAGGAGGAAUGGUACACGGCGUUCGUCAACAUCACGUACAUGGAUCCGGACACGGCCGAGGUCCGCACCGAGAAGACGGAGUGCGGGCGUUACGGGGAGCACUCGCUCAAGCGCGAGGCCAGAGGCGUGCUGGCGAUGCCCGCCGCGCCGCAGGACAGACACGCGUGCGACCCCAGCUGCAGGUUCACGCCGCGCGGACACGGCGCGUGGAUCGCGCUCAUCAGCCGGGGAAACUGCACGUACAGAGACAAGAUCCGAAACGCCUUGGGAAAAAAUGCGUCCGCUGUGGUCAUAUUCAACGUGGGAUCCUCCAACCCCAAUGAGACCAUCACCAUGUCUGAUUCAGGCACCGGUGACGUGGUGGCCAUCAUGAUUCCGGAGCCGAAGGGUCGUGAUCUGGUUCUUCUGAUGGAGAGGAACAUCUCCGUUCACAUGCACAUCACCGUAGGAACACGCAACCUGCAGAAAUACGUCAGCCGCACCUCCGUGGUCUUCGUCUCCAUCUCCUUCAUCAUCCUCAUGAUCAUCUCGCUGGCCUGGCUCGUCUUUUACUACAUCCAACGCUUCAGAUACGCCAACGCCAGGGACCGCAACCAGAGGAGGCUGGGCGACGCUGCCAAAAAAGCCAUCAGCCAGUUACAAGUGCGGACCAUCAGGAAAGGCGAUCAGGAGACGGAGAAUGAUUUUGAUAACUGUGCCGUGUGUAUCGAGGGUUAUAAACCAAAUGAUGUUGUGAGAAUCUUACCUUGCAGGCAUCUGUUUCAUAAGGGCUGUGUCGACCCGUGGUUGGUGGACCAUCGCACGUGUCCCAUGUGUAAGAUGAACAUCCUCAAAGCUCUCGGCCUCACGUCGAGUGCCGAGUGUCUGAAUGAACUUCCUCUGGACUACGAGCUCGCCGUGGGGGGCGUGGCUCUCAACGCCAUGGUGAUGAGCGAUGAUGUCAUGGGCGGUGAUGUCGUCGGGGGGCGUGGCCCCGGUGUGAGGAUGGUGGGUCUCCCUCAGGUCCUCCUGGACUCUGAGCCACUGUCCCAGGACACCUUGCCAACCGAACAGAGUGAGUUACAGCCAAUAGCCAGCGGCAGUUCAGAGGUGUCGCUUGUGAUGGGGGCGGGGCAUUCGGACAUGGACACGCCCACUGAUGAUCCAAAGUGCUGAUCUGGCCACGCCCACUCGUGCUCAAAUGUUUGGGUGACCACGGCGACGGCAUUAGACGAGUUGAAUGGGCUUUGAAUGGCCAGUGAUUGACCGACACACUGCCUGCCGAGUACAUACUACAAUCCACAUCCGAUGUUACAUUCAUUUCAUCUUCCUUCCUUUUUCUCUGAAAAGCAGGGUAAACUCUGUUCUCUCGCCCGCAGUGCACACUACAGUAUGCACUUGAGCUAAAGCACUUGUUCGGUAUCAGCAGACGAUCGGUUCUGCUCUGCUCGACAAUCUUCUCUGUCUUACCGCCGCAGUGUUCGCUGCCCGUUUUACCAUUUGUCUGUGAUCCCAGCGGAAAGAACGUGUCAAAGACUAUUUUGAAUCUGAUCAGAAGUGGUUUAUUUUUCUAUAGAGAAGCAUUUGAUGUGCUCGAAUUCUGCAGUAUUAAAAAAACAAAAGAGAAUCUCAGUAUUUAGACACCUUCCUCAUCCAAAGACGCCAGACCUGGAGUGUGUGACGGACGUCGUGCGGGACAAAACUGUGGGACUUUCUAGGAAGUGCUCUUUGGAUUCUGUGGAGCAGGACAUGUGAUGUUUGCUGUGCAUGCCACGUGCCCUGUCCACUUGAGAUUUUAGUGGAAAUCAUUUAAAGGGAUAGUUGCCCAAACAUAAAAGUUUACUGACAGUGUCUUCACCCUCAGGCCAUCCAAGAUUUGAGAAAAAGAAUCAUUAAUUCAAUCAUCAUCAAAAAGCAUCAGUGUCUCAGCAAUGGAUGCUCUGUAGUGAAUGGGUGCCGUCAGAAUGAGAG